UUGUGCUAUUGCCUGUUCACUUCUGAAAUCACAAAGGCCAAGGUCACUAUAGGCAAAAUGAGAAACACUUCCUACUCUCAAAAAUCUCUGACAGUCAAUGAAUCCAGCAGGAUGCGCGGCCAAAGCUCUUCUGGUCAUGAUAACCUUGCUUUUUCGCAAGGCCAGGGAGGGAUUAAGCAGACUGUAGAUGAAGCCAUUCCUAAGGUCUUCGUUUAUCGGCCAAAUGAGAAGGAAGAACUUCAAGAGCUGAAUAACCGCUUUGCCGGCUACAUCCAUAAAGUCCAUUCUUUGGAGCAAAAGAACAAGGCCCUGCGGACUGAGACUGAGGAGCUGACAGCCCGCUUGAAAGAAAGGGGUCCUGGCAUUUCAGAUGAGUACGACAAGGAAUUCAAGGAGCUGAAAGAGCUGAUUGAGAAGUUAACCAAAGAAAAGGGCAUGGCAGAAAUCGAGAGGGGAAAUCUAGAAGAAGAAAUUGAUAUCUGGAAUGCAAAGUGCGAUGAAGAGCUAAUCCUUAAAGCGGAAGCUGAACAGACCCUGAGAGAAUUCCGUCAGGAUGUGGAUGACGCAACCAUUCAGAAACUUGAACUGGAGAGGAAAGUUGAGCAGCUGAUAGAUGAGAUCGAAUUCCUUAAAAAGCUUCAUGAUGAAGAAGUGGCUGAUUUACUAAGGCAGAUCGAGGAAUCGAAGGUCUCAGCAGAACUGGAUAGCAGUCGCCCUGACCUGGCUGCAGCAGUUAAGGCAAUACGUGCUCAAAUUGAGCAGGAAGUCACCAAAAAUAUCCAGGAUGCAGAGAAGUGGUACAAGACCAAGCUUGGUUCCCUAAAGGGACAGGUCUCCAAGAAUGAAGAUAAGAUGAAGACCAUCAGGGAGGAUAUCAGCAGGUACUCCUCUCAAGUGUCAGAUCUACAAAGUGAGAUUGAUUCCUUGAGGUCCCGCAAUGAAGCUUUGGAGAAGCAGCUUGAGGAUAUGGAGGAACAGCACCUGGAACAAGUGGCGGCCCUGCAUGAAAUCAUCUCUCACCUAGAGGGUCAGUUACUAGAGACCAAGGCUGACUUAGCCCGCUAUCUGCAAGAUUACCAGGAUCUGCUCAACAUCAAGAUCAAGCUGGAUGCUGAGAUAGCAGUCUACAGGAAACUGCUGGAAGAAGAGGAACAAAGGCUUGGAAUUAAGACUGAAAGCUAGGCCCACAUUGAGACGACUGAAGUACAAAAAGGUCAAAACCAGCUCCACUGUUUAAUCACAAUGAAGCAAAUUGGGGCGCAUAAAGAAUAAAGACUGAACCUGCAAGUCAACGUCCCCCCGAGUGUUCUACCAUUCUGCUACAUUAACCCUUUCCCAUGAUACCAAUGCUUGCUUUAUAGAGGCCGUCGGGGCAGCAUUUUCCACAUUUAUUUUCAUGCAUUAUUGUGCAGAUGAUUCAAUACAUUAAACCUGCAAAUAAAAAAUGUCUGUGCAUUUGAA